UCCGCGUACGCGUAUUAAGACUCACAACGCUAAUAAACAAAUGCAGAAGCAUAACCAAGUUGGGCUUCGCUAAACAUGACUUCACUGAGCAAUAAUCAGUCUAAGUUUGACCGGUUUGGCAUUUACAACUGCCGACGGUGUUGUUGUUGAGCGCUUUCAAUUCGCGGAGUCUUUGAUUAUCGUCAAACAAAUUGGAAUUUAAGUUAAUGAUUAAUCUCAUGACAGUGUAUUUACAUAUCAACAAAUACAAUAUACUCACAUAUGCAUAUACAUAUAUACAAUAUCUACAAAUUAAAUGGAAUAAAUUUAAGUGAAAUCGGAUUUUUGUAAAUAAACAAAAGAUUUGCGUUCUUUCGGCCGUGUUGCGUAAUGUUUCGGAUCGUCGGAGUUUGUUUGGUUCUCGGCGUAGGCUUUUACGUGUUGGCUGUAAAUGCUGUUCUCAUUAGCUUUGGCGUAUGCCAAACACCAAGUGGAUUAGCUGGUCACUGUGUGCCCCUAGCCGAUUGCAAAUCACUUUAUGACUUAAUCUUAAGUGCGGCUCCGAGUGAGGCGCAGAUAGAAUAUUUGCGUCGCAGCUUUUGUGGAUCUGAUGUCAAUGGAACGACGGCGCUGGCGAAAAAUCGCGUUUGUUGUGGCGAUAAUCCGAAUGUUAAGAAUAAUGAUCCAUAUUCAGGAAAGAUUUUGCCAGUGGAAGGCUCGUGUGGCGUGACAUUUAACACACGUAUCUUUGGUGGCGUUGAUUCAUCGGUGGACGAGUUUCCAUGGUCGGCGUUGAUAAAGUAUCGUAGACCAUACAACGCUUCGGCCCUUAACUGCGCUGGCGUGCUGAUCAAUCAACGUUACGUACUCAGCGCUGCACACUGUCUACGAAAUCCUAGCAUACCGACCACAUGGAAACUGGAUAGCAUUCGCCUCGGCGAAUGGGACAUCAGCACAGAUCCCGAUUGUUUUCCAAGCGCCGACGGCAAGGGCAGAUGUGUCGAUCCAUAUGUGGAAGUGAAGAUCGAACGUAUAAUUAUACACGAAAAAUACAUUCCACAUUCACAAUCGGAAUUCUACGACAUUGCUCUACUACGUAUGGCUGAGAGUGUAAACUAUUCGGAUACGAUUCGUCCCAUUUGUCUGCCAAUCAAUCCGGUUCUGCGACAAAUGACCUUCGAAAAAGAAUACGCUGAUGUGGCAGGUUGGGGACGCACCGAGAUUAGCCCGUACAGCACGGUGAAGCAGACCAUUUCGUUGGGGAUUUGGAACACGGAUGCAUGUGCGAGCCGUUUUAAAACUAUUGGUAUAUCGGUUGAUAAGAGACUGCAAAUGUGCGCAGGCGGACAAGCGCAGCAAGACACAUGUCAAGGUGAUUCGGGCGCGCCGUUGACACUGCGUGGACGUAAUAUGAAUGAUCCCUACUAUGUGGUGGGUAUUGUGUCAUUCGGUAUGCAACCGUGUGGUAUGGCGUCAUGGCCGGGUAUCUAUACGCGUGUUACAAAUUAUAUUGAUUGGAUUAGGAAUAACUUGGAAGAUUAACACAGUUUGUGCAUAACGCACACUAACUGAAAAAGCAACACAACUCAAAAAAUCUCAUAUGUUCGGGAGGGGCAGAAACAGUUGAUUAAAAGUUUUGUGUGAAUUGGCUUUUGGGGAAACCAGUAAGAAUAUUUUAGAGAGACUAGUUUGCGUUUGUUGAUGUUGUUUUAGCGGUUUACCAAUUCCGCUUAAGAACAGGCGCGACUAGUCUAAGUCAUCGUGGUCAUUUAAAUGGGGGGUGAUGUCCAAAAAAUGGGCUGUAUCGACGGAUGCGGACCAGAGGGAAGGACGAGUUGGAUUUAGAGGGCAAGCAUAAAGGUGGUUAGUGCACUGUUGGGUCUUAUUUCAGGCAUACUAUGGGUAUGCGGGUAUCACGCCUGCAAAGGUAGGGAUUAAGUCAACUGCAAUUGCCGGAUCUUAAUUGUGCCCGUAUUACUCGGUUCUCUCGAGGCAGCUCUAGUUAUUAAUCUGCAAUAUGUGAUGCUUGAAUUCCGAGAAUGUCAUUCAAAGGAAGAAGGUUCAAGGUUCAAGGUGUUAACGGACUCUCGUUGGAAGGUGUUUAAGGCCUGUCCAACAGUUAUUCCUUAUGGUGCUUGUUGUUAUAUGGAGUCGGUAUAGUCUAAUACACAGAAAAGCCUGAUAUGCAUGCUGCCUUGGGGAAUAUUGCUUACAGAGCACAACAUUAUGUUCCUUAACUUUAGGUUUCUUGUCACAAUUUUCGGGUCGGUGUUGUAAGUUCUUCAUUUGCAUCACACUGCCUAAUUCUCGACCUGCAAGCCAAUUGCGUUGUUUGUUGUUUGCGGAGUGACAGUCUUUAGUCGGAUAAAAAUUCCGGUCCCGACAGUACCGGGAACUUUAGGACUUUAGUCGAUUCUUACGUCAGGCAUGUCUUAACACGAACUCAUUAACCCCUAACUUGCAGGUGUUAGCCCGUACUUCCUUAGACAGCUGGUGGGAAAAGUUUGUAAACGACGAUCCCUUCGUGCUUGCCCACAUAGAAAAUUCAAAUUUAAUAGAUCCAUCUGUUGAGCUCAAUUUUCGAUGACUCCUUCGAGUAUUUCGACUGGUAACUGGCGAAUGAUAUGUGUGGACUUUAGAUUUUACAUAUCCCACAGGAAAAAGUCGAACGGUUGGAUAUCACACGAUUUUUGCGGCCAAUCGAAAUAAUCUGUUCACCGAAGUUUUCUCUCAAUAAAUCCAUUGAUUGAUGCGAUGUGUGGGAAGUGGCGCCUUUUUGUUUAAACCAAAUGUCGUCGAUAUCACGAGCAUCAACUUCAGGCCUCUAACAAUCGGCUAUCAUGGAGAGAGAAUGAGCGCCAUUGAAGAUUACGUUCUCACCGGCACCAAUUUUGCAGAAAUGUGCACCGAUGAUUCCACCGCCUGACACACUACAUCACCAAACGUUGUUUUUUCUGGAGGAAAUGAUAGCUCUUGAAUCUCUUCAGGUUGCUCUUCGCCCAAAUGCUUGCUUAGAUAACCUUUGAGCCAGAAAUGAGCUUCAAUGCUGAAUAAAAUUUCGCUGGAAAACGGCGGAUGUUCCUUCAACUUUUCAAGAGCUUAGAGAGCGAAGCGAUGUUGCUUAAGAAGAUCCAGCGGCUUCAGUUCUUGUAUAAGCUUUUGUAUUUUGUACGCUUUCAAUUUAAGAUCUCGACGUAAAAUGAACCGAGUCAUUAUAUACGUCAACCCGGGUUGCUGGGUACGGCGCCGAAUCGACUAUCCACAGUCUUGGUGUACACUCUCGGCUACGGCCGCUGCGUGCAUGAAUGCUGGGCCUCAAGAUGGGUGAUGACAUUGCGAAUAGUACGCUCAGUAGGCCGAUUAUGUUUGCCAUAAGUUGAGCGAAGCGCG